UCAGCCGACUUCGGCUUACAGGCGGGCUAUGGGACGCGCGCAUUCGCUCGGCAAACUCGUCAGGGUCCGUGAGACCCGACGACGAGCGCCGGGUGGCGGCUGAAGGCUGGGAGGACGCGGCGUGUGGCCCUCUCGCUUUGCAAAACCUGAGGCGCGGAUGCCUGGUUCGCAGGUGUGAAGCGACGAGCGGUCGGCCCUUCGGCCCCGGCCCACCGGCGGCCGCUCUGUUUUUUUGGGAGCGUGAAGUGCCUCCCGGGUGCAAAGUUUAGCACUCGGGGGUCCGGGGCUGAAGAGCUAUGGCCAGUAUCACCCAGUUGUUCGAUGACCUCUGCGAGGCUCUCUUACCGGCCGCCCAGGCUCACCCGGGUCAGCGCCCCGUGGACAGGAAGAGGGCAAAGCUGAGCCUGAAGAGGGUAGCCUACAAUGCUCUUUUCGCCAAUCUGUUUCAAGAGGAGACUCAUCAGCGGCCGCCUGAUUCGGCGAAGCGCCCCGUGAAGAACAAGGUCCUCAUGCUGUCCUUCGAUUUGAGGGUGGGUGGCUUGGGGCCAGAGGCCGACCGUUUGGAGGAGCUUGUGGAGAAGUUGGAAGCAACCCCUGGCUAUCCUCUGGUGGAGGUGGAGUCAGUGUUGGACCUCUUGGUUCAGUUGGCGGGGAGCGGCCCCCCACAAGUGCUGCGGAGAAAACGGGAUUUCUUCUUUAACAACAAGCACGCAGGCAGAAACGUACCCUACGGCGGCUACGAUUGCUAUGACCUGAAUGUGUUUGAAAUGGACGUCAGGUCACUUAUCUCUGGAGAGGAGUAUUUGUGUCAUAACAUGUUCCAGGAAGCCCUUCAGGUGAUGGAGGCUACCCCAGGUACUGGCCUGCCCACCGUUGGGCGCUUCUCUAUUGGUGACUCUUGUGGUGACAGGUUUGAGAGAGACACCCGGGUCUCACUCUUUGGUGCCCUCGUGCACAGCCGCACAUAUGACAUGGAUGUGAGAUUGGAUCUGCCCCCUGUGCCGGACAGCGCGGACUUUUCUGGACUGGCCAUUAAGGUUCCACAGAUGGUGGAUCAGUGGGAAGAUGAAGGGUUCCAGUCAGCUUCCAAUUUAACUCCUGACUCCCAGUCUGAACCAAGCAUGACCCCGGAUUUGGACCUGUGGGAAGCUGUGCUCACAUAUGAAGCCAGCAAGCGGAGGUGCUGGGAGCGCAUUGGAUGCCCUCCUGGUUACCGAGAGGAGCCCUACCUCACCGAGGCAGGGAGGGAUGCCUUUGACAGAUUCUGCAGGCUCUGCCAUGGGGAGCUACAGGCCCUCAGUGGGGGUCUACUACAGGCCCCCAAGCCUGUGCUGGUGGAGGAAAGCGAGCUGGUGAAAGACUCACUCAAUGUUCUGCUGGGCGUUGUUUCUGCUACAUUUUCUCUGUGUCAGCAAACUCAAGCCUUUGUAGUGGAGCUGGGUGUCCAUGUGUCAGGUGCAUCUCCUGAGAGCAUCAGAAGCAUCCUUUCAGAGGUGGCGGAGUAUGGAACCUACUACACACGCCUGAGCCAUUUCUCUCUACAACCUGUAGUAGGCUCCAUGUGCAGCAGGGGCCUUGUGUUCCAGGCCUUCACCAGCGGCAUUAGGAGGUACUUGCAAUAUUACCGGGCCUGUGUUCUCUCUACUCCGCCUACCCUGAGUCUCCUCACCAUUGGCUUUCUCUUCAAGAAACUGGGCCGGCAGCUCAGGUACUUGGCUGAACUUUGUGGUGUUGGUACUGUAUCCCUGGUGACCAAUGGAGAGCCCAGGGCUGUGUUCCCCACUGGCGUGAAGCUCCUGUCCUACCUCUACCAAGAGGCCCUGGAUAAUUGUAGUAAUGAGCACUAUCCUGUGCUGCUGUCUCUCCUGAAGACCAGCUGUGAGCCCUACACACGGUUCAUCCAUGAUUGGGUGUACAGUGGAGUCUUCAGAGAUGUUUAUAGGGAGUUCAUGAUCCAGGUUAACCACGAAUACCUCAGCUUCAGAGAUAAGUUUUACUGGACCCAUGGCUACGUGCUCAUUUCCAAAGAGGUGGAGGACUGUGUUCCUGUGUUCCUGAAACACAUUGCCCAUGAUGUGUACGUCUGUGGGAAGACCAUCAACCUGCUGAAGCUCUGUUGUCCCCGGCACUACCUCUGUUGGUCUGAUGUCCCUGUCCCUCGCAUCUCAGUGAUUUUUUCUCUUGAGGAGUUGAAGGAGAUUGAGAAGGACUGUGCUGUCUAUGUUGGGCGAAUGGAGAGUGUUGCCCGUCACAGCUCUAUCAGCAAGGAGGAAAAGGAAUUGCGUAUGGAAAUUGCAAAACAAGAAUUAAUUGUCCAUGCCCGGGAAGCAGCAUCUAGGAUCCUAACCGAGCUGAGUGACCGACAGAUGUCAGAACAGAUGGCUGUGGACACCAGGAAGCGAGAGCAAUUUCAGCGGCUGAAGGAACAGUUUCUAAAGGAUCAGGAGCGACGCCUGGCAGUUAGACAAGAGGAGCUAGAUGAUGAUUUCAGCUAUGCUCGUGAGCUCCGUGACCGGGAGAAGAGGCUAAAGGCCCUGGAAGAAGAGCUGGAGAGAAAGGCCAGGCAGGCGCUGGUUGACCAUUAUAGCAAGUUGUCUGCAGAGGCAGCUCGUCGAGAGCAGAAGGCUCUGUGGAGAAUCCAGAGGCAUCGGCUGGAAAGCGCACGGCUUCGUUUUCUCCUCGAAGACCAGAAGCGCAUUCAGGAGAUGCUGAGCAACAUGGAGGCUCACCAGCCCCAGAAGCCGCCGAGUGUAUUCCCAAGCACAUGCUCUCAGGUCACAUCUCUGGGUACUGAGCAUGCAGAUGAAGGCCGUAGCAGUGAUCUGGGGUCCACAGAACAGUGUUGGGAUUGUCUAAGUCUACCCGGUGCAUCAACACCAUCAACUCACAAGUCUGCAGCAGAGGGAGCUGAUAACUCUGGGGCUGGACAGGCAGAGGGAGCCGGGCCAUUCUCUACUGGUCUUAACAUUACAGACUUUCUGCCUAUGGGCCCUGGGAUUGAACAGCCUAUGGAUAACAUUGGUGCUCCCUUCUUAGAGGUGGCACUGCAGACCAUCAGCUCAGACCUACCCCCUAUAACUCCAGGGCCAGCACUCACAGCAGCUGGGCCCCAGCCUGCCCAGUCAGAGUAUGAUUUCAAUACUGUCCUGAGGCCAACUUUGGCCACCUCCUCUUUACCAGGACCCUUCCAGGAUGUCCAAAAUAGUUUGGACAGUGAAAAGCAGCAUCUACUGGGGGACAUGCCCACAAAACUUGAUUCAUGUGUCCAUGACAUGCAGGAGACUUUGCCUUGCCCACAUCCACUCACGCAGGACACUCCUGAGGAUGGGAACUCCCAGCCUGUGGGGCAGCUCCUUGAACAUAUGUCAGGGAGUGCUGUCCCCAUAGAGAGCCUUGCUUCUGGAAUGGCUCCUUGCCAGCAACUUAGGAGCACUUCCACAUGUGUGUCAGAUGCCAGCAUCAAGCAGGGUGACUAUAUGUCAGACAUGGCUCUUCCUCGGCCACAGUGGAACAUCCAUGGGCAUGUGUCGGAGGCCAGCAUCGGCGUUGGGGAGAAUGUAUCAGAAGUGGCUCCUCGUAGGCCACGGUGGAAUGUUCAUGGACAUGUGUCAGAUGCCAGCAUCAAGGUAGGGGAGAAUGUAUCAGAUGUGAUUCCUUCUCGGCCACGAUGGAACAUUCACGGUCAUGUGUCAGAUGCCAGCAUCAGGGUUGGGGAGAAUGUGUCAGAUGUGACUCCUUCUCGGCCACGUUGGAACAUCCAUGGUCAUGUGUCAGAGGCAAGCAUUAAGGUUGGGGAGAAUGUAUCAGAUGUGGCUCCUUCUCGACCACGUUGGAAUGUCCACGGACAUGUGUCAGAGGCAAGCAUUAAGGUUGGGGAGAAUGUAUCAGAUGUGGCUCCUUCUCGACCACGUUGGAAUGUCCAUGGUCAUGUGUCAGAGGCAAGCAUCAGGAUUGGGGAGAAUGUAUCAGAUGUGGCUCCUUCUCGACCACGUUGGAAUGUCCAUGGUCAUGUGUCAGAGGCAAGCAUCAGGAUUGGGGAGAAUGUGUCAGAAGAGGCUCUUCAGCCACGUGAAUGUACUCAGCCUUCCUUGAUUUUGGAGGAGCCCUUGCCAGAAGCUGAGCCCGACCUACUCGAGCCCCAUCAGUGCUCUCCUGCCCGUGUGUCCCAGUCAGGCCGUUGUGUGGAAGCACAGAGCCCUGUUCUGGAAUGUGGGCCACAACUACCUAAAGAAAUGAAGACUAACACCUGUUCUAGCCCUGGCAGCACAGAAGAAGGCAGCCCAACCAAGCCCCCUGUUGUGGCUGAGGCUGGCAUGCUAAGAAAUGGUAUCCCUGAGACAGGUCCAGGGAGGAACAGGGAUGCUGAAGACCUCUCUCCAUGGCCUCCAAGCUCACAGGAAGACACAGCUGUCCCAAGCAGCCCAGGCCCUAGUGAGGAGUUAUCGGACACAGAGACUGAGGCCAGACGCUGGGGCAAGGAACAAGCCUAUUUGGCAGACCUCACAAAGCUCUACCACCUGGAGCAGUACCCAGACAGCUAUGAGUCUAUGUCAGAACCUCCUGUUGCACACCUGGUACACCACAUGCUUCCUCAGGCCUUUGCUUUCCCUGUGGAUCCCCAGGUUCAGUCAGCAGUAGAUGAGAGUGCAGUGCAGCUAAGUGAACUGCUGACCUUGCCUGUUCUUAUGAAGCGCUCCCUUACCGCACCUCUGGCUGCCCAUGUCACGUUGGUGAACAAAGCUGCAGUUGACUAUUUCUUUGUGGAGCUGCACCUGGAGACACAUUUUGAAGCGCUGCGGCAUUUCCUGCUGAUGGAAGAUGGAGAGUUUGCUCAGUCUCUCAGUGACCUGCUCUUUGAGAAGUUAGGGGCUGGACAGACACCUGGGGAGCUGCUCAACCCAUUGGUCCUUAACAGCAUCCUGAGCAAGGCACUGCAGUAUAGCCUCCAUGGGGACACCCCACAUGCUACCAACCUGUCUCUUGCCCUCAAGUACCUGCCUGAGGUGUUUGCCCCUAAUGCCCCUGAUGUGCUGAGCUGCCUGGAGCUCAGGUACAAGGUUGACUGGCCCCUCAACAUCGUUAUCACCGAGAGCUGCCUGAACAAGUACAGUGGUAUCUUCUCCUUCCUGUUGCAGUUGAAGCUUAUGAUGUGGACACUCAAAGACAUCUGCUUCCACCUCAAGCGCACAGCCCUAGUGAGCCACACAGCUGGCUCAGUGCAGUUCCGCCAGCUGCAGCUGUUUAAGCAUGAGAUGCAGCAUUUCGUGAAGGUCAUCCAGGGCUACAUUGCAAAUCAGAUCCUGCAUGUCAGCUGGUGUGAGUUCAGAGCCCGGCUAGCUGUAGUGGGCGACUUGGAGGAGAUCCAGCGGGCCCAUGCUGAGUACCUGCACAGGGCUGUUUUCAGGGGCCUACUGACAGAGAAGGCAGCACCAGUCAUGAACAUCAUCCAUAGCAUCUUCAGCCUGGUGCUCAAGUUCCGAAGCCAGCUCAUCUCUCAGACUUGGGGCCCGGCUACUGGCCCCCGUGGCGCUGAGCACCCCAACUUCCCACUCAUGCAGCAGUCCUACAGCACCUUCAAGUACUACUCCCACUUCCUCUUCAAAGUGGUGACCAACCUUGUGAACCGUGGCUACCAGCCUCACCUUGAGGACUUCCUGCUUCGCAUCAACUUCAACAACUACUACCAGGACUCCUGAGGACAGACAAGAUCAUGGUGCUGCAUCUCCAUUUGACCUGUCUGGGGCUAGGGUAGUGAGCACACAGACAGACCUGAAAAAGCUGCUUUAUUUAGAGGCCUGGGAGUUUUAACAGGUGUCAGGGGCAGA